UUAACGAAGGUAGUGGCUAUGGAUUGUGAAAUGGUUGGAGUUGGUGUAAAUGGAGAUGAUAGUAUGUUAGCUAGAGUAUCUAUUGUUAAUAAGUUUGGACAUUGUAUAUAUGAUAAAUAUGUUAAACCCAUGGAGAAUGUUGUAGACUAUAGAACUUAUGUUAGUGGAAUUACGCCUGAUAAUAUAAAAGAUGGUGAAGAAUUUUUUACUGUACAGAAAGAGGUCAAUAAGAUUAUAAAAGGAAGAAUCUUAGUGGGUCAUGCCCUUACUAAUGACUUAAAGGUACUAUAUUUACAACACGAUAAGAAGAAUAUUAGAGAUACCUCUAAAUAUAAAGGCUAUCGUAGUUUAUUUGGUUUUAAAACACCAUCAUUGAAGAAAUUAACUAAAGAGGUUUUGGGAAUUGAUAUACAAGACGGCGAACAUGACUCUGUACAAGAUGCACAAGCAACAAUGAGACUAUAUACUAUGUAUAGAAAACAAUGGGAAAAAGACUUAAAAAUUCAACACAGAAGACAGAGAAUAAGAAAAUUAAAAGAAAACAGUAAAACUUGA